CGUCUCCCUACAGUGAACCCGCCCUCACAGAACUAGCGUAGCCUACCGGAUAUAAAGUAUCUGAUUUAGAAGCAACAACAAUGUUUUUUAAUUGUUAUGUUUUUAGGCUAUGUGUGUGAAUAUAUUUAGAUAAUUUGUGUAUGGUAGUGUUUUCUUAUUCAAAGUCGGCUAUAAUUUGCGUUGACCAAGUUGAUAAGAGUCUCACUGCGGGGAGCGUAGCUUCCACGCAAAACGGAGAAUUCGGCAUCGGACAGGACGGCCGGUUAAGUGCACGACACUGACAACUAUCACCGAUUUCUUGUUUAAUUUUUCACAGCAACAUUCAGUGAACAUUUUAAAUGGACGACUUAUCAAGGGAGAUCCUUUUUAUAUUCUCGGUCAGCAAAACCGGUUCCUCAUGACCGUGUCCUGGGCAUCAGGAAAGCAUCCAUUGCACUACUUCAUACUUGCCAGGAUACAGUCAGGAUGUCGUCCGUGGUGGUGUCUGAACUGAACGAGGUGUCCCUGAAGCACCUGCCCAUGGACAGGUGGAUGACACACCUGCCAUGUGCUCUCUGGGACCUGCCUCUCUGGAACAUGGCCAUCCCAGGAAGCCACAAUGCAAUAACUUACUGUCUUGACAAAAGCGACAGAUCCCCUGUGGAUCUCACUCAACCAGAUAUGCUUCAGAAGCUAGACAAGUAUAUGAAGCCUCUCAUUCGACCGUUUGUUUACAAGUGGGCGGUAACACAGGAGUGCACUCCGAGUGAACAGCUGGACUGCGGGGUUAGGUACUGCGACCUCAGAAUCGCACACAGGCCAAAUGACAGCUCCAAUGAUCUCUACUUCUACCACGGAGUUUACACCAGUAUUACUGUGGAGACCGUUUUGAAGGAGAUAAGAGAGUGGCUGGAUGCUCAUCCCAGAGAAGUUGUCAUACUGUCCUUCAGUCACUUCCUGGGUCUGGACCAGGAACUCCACACACAACUCAUCACAACCAUAAGGAAUGUGUUCACCUCAAAGCUCUGUCCGAAAACGGAAAUGGCAACACUGAGGAACCUGUGGACUUUAGGUUACCAAGUGAUUGUCUCCUACGAGCACCAUGUCGUCAACUGCCACGCUGACCUCUGGUCACACAUCCCCUACUGGUGGGCUAACAAGUGCAAAGCAGAGGCUCUCAUUGAAGAGUUUGAGUGCAAAAAACUAAAUGGCCGCCCAGACGGAUUCUUCGUCACGGGUAUUAAUCUCACAGAGGAUCUGAAGUACAUCUGCUCCCACCCCACCGAGUCUCUGAAGGACCUGGUCAUGUCCACCUACCCAGCCCUGCUGGGCUGGGUGAGGAACCAGACCCCGGGCUCCAACGCUGACUCACUCAACAUCAUAGCAGGGGACUUUGUCACUGAGAGCCAGUUUGUGCCAACUGUGGUAGCACUUAACGAGAAAUUACUCAACUGGCCUUCAUGAUAUCCGCAGAGGGAACCAGAAUUUUUGCCAAUUUCACCUCAGAGCAGCAAAGAAUAAAUGGAGGGAUCGUCGGCAUGAAAUGAAAAUAAGCUCGUUUUUCUGAUUUGAUAUUUAUUCCAGUGACUUGAAAAUUUUUAGGAUUUGCACUCAUUGAUGAUACUGAAAUAUUUAUUUCUGAUGUUUGGAGCUGCUUAAAGUACUUAAAAAGAGUCUUCACCUGCACUUGUUUACCUUUGCCUUUUGUUUAAUUACUCCUUCCUCUUUAUGCAAUUCAUAUAUUUUCAUAUCUCAGGUCAGGUGGCCAGUUUAAAAUGUCAUUUGACCUAUAAGCAAUAAUGAUAUGAUUAACAAUAAUGUAAUGCUAAUGAAGGUGUUGAAGACAUGCUGCACAAAGAAAUAUCACAUGGUUUAAAUGAGCACAUAUGACCAUACACCAAAAAAGAAAACAUAAUUUAAAUGGAUCAAAGUACUUCUUUGAGAUAAUGAGUAUGUGUGUAGACUGCUUAUAUCUCUUAUGUUAAGAAUGCCAUAUCAGUUUAGAAACAGAUCAAACACUGUAUCUGCAUGCCUAGUUCUCAGCAUGGACACUUUAUCUGACCCUUUGACCUUUUACACUUCACCCCUAUAUGGUUAAUAAUAGCAGAGCAUGCCUUCAUAAAAGCAGAACCAUCACCUCUGUGCCUGUGGUGAACCUUUCAGUAAAACAACAACAUGAGCAUUUUUGAAUAUUCUUCUGAAUGUUAUGCCUUAACAGGUUGAAAAUAAAUAUGUGGCAAC